AUGGUAUCGCAAGAGCAAUACCUUGGGGCACUUCUUGCCCAAGAGAAUGAAGCUAAGAAGAAACAAACACUAUACUAUCUGAGUCGUACUUUGAUAGGGGCUGAGUUGAAUUAUACACCUAUCGAGAAGAUGUGCUUAGCAUUGCUUUAUGUAAUAAAAAAAUUGAGGCAUUAUUUUGAAGCCUACACUGUCAAGCUAAUUUCUCGGGCUGAUCCCGUGAAGUUCGUAAUGACUCGACCAGUUCUCUCAGGACGUCUAGCAAGAUGGUCUAUAUUGUUUAAUCAAUAUGAGAUCAUAUACACACCUCAAAAAGUUGUGAAGGGGCAAGCACUUGCUAAUUUCCUUGCCAAUCAUCCUCUUCCGGGAAAAUGGGAAACUUCAGAUGAGUUCCUUGAUGAAGAUGCAUUUUUUACUGAAGAGCUGCCAUCCUGGACAAUGUUCUUUGAUGGAUCUGCACGCCGAGAAGGAGUGGUGUUGAUAUCUCCAAAACAACUAAUCUUACCAUUCUCCUUUGUUCUAGAUGAAGCAUGUUCCAACAAUGUUGCAGAAUACGAAGCUCUAAUUGUGGGACUUGUAAUGGAAUCAGAUAUGAAGAUUCCUCAAUUGGAUGUAUACGUUGACUCACAAUUGAUCAUCAUUCAACUCUCGAGGAGUUACGAGGUGAAGAAAGAAGAUCUUUUGUCAUAUCACCAAUAUGCUAGUUUCUUACUUGAAAGGUUUGAUCGAGUGUUCUUAAAUCACGUCCCAAGAGAAGAAAACCGCAUGGCAGAUGCUUUGGCUAACUUGGCUACAACAAUGGCACUUGGAGAAAAUGAGACAACAAAGGUACGUGUAUGUCAUCGAUGGGUUGUUCCUAGUUGUCUUGAUCUACAAAUAAAUGAAAGCCAUCAUAUAUCUGUUUGGGUGGUUAAAGAAGAAGAUUGGAGGAAACCACUGAUUGAGUAUCUUGAACAUGGAAGGAUGCCUGAGGAUCCACGAGUAAGAGCAGACAUUAAGAGAAGGGCACCAUGA